AUGUCCCCCUCCUUCCAUCCGCCCAAGGCCCGCUAUGCCGCUCUCCUGAAGCGCUUUAUCGCCUCCACCAAGGAUUUCGAUGUGCUCGCCACCAUCCCAUCGGGCCCUCCCGUCCCACCACCCACCACGCUAUACGUACUAGACGCCUCCUUCAACCCACCCACCCUCGCUCACCUCCACAUAGCCAGCACGGCCCUCCAAGAAAAGACCAGUGGCCGGCUACUCCUCCUCCUCGCCACGCAGAAUGCCGACAAACCAUCCAAGCCGGCCUCCUUCGAGGACCGCCUCGCAAUGAUGGAGCUCUUCGCGCAUGAUCUGCGCUCCCAUCUUGCCGCGAACCCGGACCCGGCGACGGCUGGCUUGUCGGCACUCGCUCAGCGUGCUCGCCUGCCGGUCAUCGAUAUCGGCGUGACGAAGAACCCCUAUUUCGUCGACAAGGCCGCGUCCAUCGAUGCAUCGGACGCUUACUCCUCACCCUCCCCGCUCGAACAGAUCCAUCUCACGGGCUACGAUACCCUGAUCCGCAUCUUCAAUCCCAAAUACUACCCCCCGGGCCAUACCCUGCAGCCGCUGGCGCCGAUGUUCGCGCGGCAUCGGCUCAGGGUGACCAUGCGGCCGGAUGAUGAUUGGGGUGGAGUGGAGGAGCAGCGCGCGUUUGUGGAGGGGUUGGCGAGAGGUGAGCGCGAGGGAGAGGGCGGGAAACGCGAGUGGGCGCAGCGCAUUCAGUUGGUGGAGGGUAAGGCCGCCGGUGAGCAGCCCAUUAGCUCGACCAAGGCAAGAGAGGCGGUGCAGGAAGGGCGGGAUCGGGAUCUGGAGUGGUUGGUUCCGGAGCAGACCCGGCGGUUUAUUCUGGAUGAGCGUCCAUAUUCGUAG